GACCCGGGCCGGACCACGACGCCCGUGCCUCGCCGCUUUCAGGAGGCCUCUCGCGCCGGGCGCGGAGCGCGGCGGGCGGCCUCUGCGGAGGGCGCCAGGAGACGGCCCGCCAUCGGUCUGCGCCAGCGCUUCAGCCCUCUGACGCCCCCCACGCUGGGGCUGGGCGUCGCGUUGUUGUGCAGAG